UCACUAUUGUACACUGUAGGCAUGCGUGCAGUCCAGUCAGUGUUGGUGGCAGCCGGUCAUCUGAAACUGAAGUACCCUAACAAACAUGAAGAUGUGUUACUGCUCACAUCCAUCAUGGACGUCAACCUACCCAAGACAAUGUCACAUGUACUAGCUGACACACUCACACUAAUCAAUGAGAGGGAACAGAUGGAAGAGAACAAGACAGGCUAUAGAGUCAUCAACCCCAAGGCUGUCACUAAGGGUCAACUGUUUGGUCAGUUUGACCCUGUGUCACACGAGUGGACUGAUGGUGUGGUAGCCAACACAUUCAGGGAGUUUGCACCUGCACAAAGUGAUGACCGUAAGUGGGUGGUGUUUGAUGGUCCUAUAGACACUCUGUGGAUGGAGUCCAUGAACACUGUACUGGAUAACAACAAGAAGCUGUGUCUCAUGUCGGGGGAGAUCAUUCAAAUGAGCAACUGUAUGAACCUCAUCUUUGAAGCAGAUGAUCUGUCACAAGCCUCGCGUCUCUUGUCAGCUGAGCUGCUCUGGAGCGAGGGCUGUGAUGAGUGUAAGAGUGGCUACAGGAUGGAGGAGAACAUCUGUGUGGUCUCUUGUCAGCUGAGCUGCUCUGGAGCGAGGGCUGUGAUGAGUGUAAGAGUGGCUACAGGAUGGAGGAGAACAUCUGCGUGGCGUCUCUUGUCAGCUGAGCUGCUCUGGAGCGAGGGCUGUGAUGAGUGUAAGAGUGGCUACAGGAUGGAGAACAUCUGCGUGGGAUGAUAUUCUGCCAACACAGUGCACUUCACAAAGCUGCCCUUCUCAAAGAAGUUGGUCAGAGUCUGUGACAGCUGCUUCCUGGACUUGAACUGAACAUAAUUUACACACUUUGUUUUUGUAUAAUUAUACCUCAUUCAUUGUGUUGUCCUCAAGUGAUCAUUUGAUACAAUUAUUGACUGUGGUCUACAAUUUUAAUGUUGUAUGAAAUGUUUUUGCAAAUCAAAUUUAAUUGCUGGGAAAUUCCCUUACAUAAUUGGCUGCUGUGGGGAAUUCCCUCAUUUAACCUACAAGCUACGCCCCUCUUUGAACAGCCCUUGAACAACAAAGAACUAAUUUGAGAUUGGUAAUGGCUGAAUCUACAACACUGGAUGCUGCUAGUUCCCUACAGUUGACAGAUGGACUUACUGAGGAUGAAAGGACAAGCAUUGAGGUACGUUGUGUGCAAUCACAUUCUACCAAGCUGAAAUGCUUGUGGUCUGAGCACUUGUUGUUAGGAGGUAGACAGUGUAAAGAAGAGCACAUACGGAUAACUGAAUGUGAUACUAUUCCUUAAUUGAGACCAGUAGAUCUACUCGUAUAGUAUUCCCUGAAAGUAUGCAUGGUUAAUCAAGUGUUUCAGUCUGCAUGUUUGGCUUUAUCACUGCACUAAUGUUCUCUUCCUUCCAUUUCAUGCAUCUCCACCUCACCUUUGACCGACCCUCUGAAACAACAGGAUGCUGUAAGUUGUGUUUGCACGUGUACACUAAUUUUAAUGGUUACUAUAGGAACUCCUACACUAAUUGUAGGAAAUUGUAAAAGUCUUUAUCUCUCAAUUUGCAUAUUGCCAACUACAAAACUUAUUAGGUUGUACUUUUAAUACUUUUGUUGGUUCAUAGAAUAUGCAUCUAAGUUGGUACAUUAUCGUGUUUGUCUCUUCCCAUGCACACACUCAUUCCUAUGUUGGACCUCACACUGAUUUGGACUACUGUAGGAGGUGAGCUUCUUAUGGGUACUCAAUGUCCACACACUAAAAUGGUUCAGCUGCAAUGUGUACGGAUGUACUGGUUACCUAGCAUGACUAGUGUGUCCCUUGUCCUCUAGAGCUGACCCUCUCCCUCGUAUAGGGUAGACCACGGCUACGAGGACGAUAUCAGCCUCACAGUUUGUGGUUACCCCAGGUGUAGGCCAGGGUACAUUACACAUGCUCCAAACUUGCCCAAAAUGUUUGUACUGACUAACUUUCCUAAAUCUGCAUGUACGUAAAUUUCCGAACAGUAACCUUGUACUAUUCAUAGUCCCAUUAUUUUUACGCACAAUUUAGAAAUACCACACAUGUACAUGCAUUGUGUACAUUGUGUACAUGUAAAUUCCCCAACUAAUUAAGUUCUUGAUUUCUCAAGAUUGUUCCCAAGAGCUUUAAUGUGCCAGGUCUAGAUGUAUUCCACUUGUUGCUAUGUGUAGUCAGUCCCAUACACACCAGCGUUCAACUGAUCUGAUGUCUUGUAUGUGUGUUAAGAUUAAAUCUCUCCCUCACAUGUACCAUUUGAUGUGUCUCAGGUUUCCAUUGAGGUACGUUGUGAUUGUGUGUGUGUCUCAUGGAGUGCGUGUGUUGUAUUGUACGACAAACAAAAUCAUACGUAUCAAAGUUGUACAUGUAAGAUGCUUGUUGUACCGUUUACCGCCCCUUCCACUGACCCACCCACUGACCCUUCCAUUAUCUGCCAUUGCUAGUACUAAGUACCUGUGUGUGUACUAGCCAGUGUGUGUACUGUGUUACUACAAGUGUGUUCAUAUCCCUCUCUCCUCACAUGUACCCUCUGUGGACUGUUACUCAACAACAGCACGUGAGUUUAUUAUUGUCAGUGUGUGCUAGCUGAGCAUUUUAUAUUUAAUGGCAAACUAGACUGACUUGUGUACAUGUACUACUGCAUGAAGGCAGAAAUUGUGUGGCUUUAUUUAGGAUUGGUACUGCUCUUGAUAGUUUCAUGCUGUACAGACGUGUACUUGCAAUAAUUGAUGUAUACAUGUGUGAAUGCAUUCGUGUAUUUGAACAUGUUCAUUUCUCUACAUGUCCGUGUCCUACUACUUGUUAAUGUGACUACUGCUAAUGAUUACUGGAACAACAGUUU